AGGAGAAGAGCUCGCGCCUACAGGUUGCCGAGUGGAUUCGGCGCACGAGCGCGCGCUCACGUCACUCCUCCAUCGUCAUCCUCUCCUGAGCGCGUGCGAACCUCGCAGCUUGGCACAGAGCGCGUGCUCGACUCGGCGUAGUGCAAUGGCUCCGCGCUCAUGCCCGCGUGCCAGCCGGAUGUGCAGAGCCGGGCACACAGCACGCCGGGAGGAGCCGGAGGAGGAAUGAACGCGCCCGCGCUCUCGUGCCUCAGCACUGUGGACCGGUAAAUGCUCUCAGGCCAACCUUUAACCACCAUGCUCUAUUUUCAGCUGGUGAUCAUGGCGGGGACGGUCAUGCUGGCCUACUACUUCGAGUACACGGACACGUUCAGCGUGCACGUGCAGGGCUUUUUCUGCUACGACAACGCGUACACGAAGCCGUACCCGGGACCGGAGGAGGCGAGCGCCAUCCCGCCCGCGCUGCUCUACACCGUGGUGGCCGGUGUGCCCACACUCGUGAUAACAGUGACAGAAGCUGUGCUGUUCUUGAUGCAAUAUACAUCAAAAGAUCUGGAGAGUCGAAAGAAGACCAUUGCGACUGGGGACUGUUGUUACCUGAACCCUCUGGUGCGCAGGACUUGCCGCUUUUUGGGAGUGUACAUGUUUGGCCUCUUCACUACCGACAUCUUUGUGAACGCAGGUCAGGUGGUGACAGGGAACCUGGCCCCACACUUCCUGACUGUAUGCAAACCCAACUACACGGCACUGGGUUGCCAGCAGGCCCUACGCUACAUCAGCCACCAGGAGGCCUGCACCGGCAAUGGGGAGGACAUCCUGCGUGCCCGCAAAACCUUUCCCUCCAAAGAGGCAGCGCUCAGCGUUUAUGCCGCGCUCUAUCUGGCUAUGUACAUCACUUGCUCAGUCAAAGCCAAAGGGACUAGGUUGGCCAAACCCGUCAUGUCUCUGGGGCUGAUGUGCCUGGCCUUCCUGACUGGGAUUAACAGGGUGGCAGAGUACCGCAACCACUGGUCUGAUGUAAUCGCUGGCUUCAUCAUCGGAGUGUCUAUUGCCACCUUUCUGGUUGUGUGUGUGGUCCAUAAUUUCAAAGGAAGCCAGUUGUUAAGUGAAGACCCCCAACAAGAGGACAUGACGGGCUCGCCCAAGGUGGAGAGUCCCCUGGAAAAAUACAUCGCCUCCCAGAAUCACAUCGCCUUCGAUGAAGUCACAUGACCUUGAGUCACCAGUGUGGCAGACGCAUUGGACAUCCACACUCUUUACUGUGCAGUCAUCAUAGUGCAACACUACCCCCGUCAGUCAUAUCCUCUAUGGUGGUGUAUUGGAUAUCUCCCUCUCUCUCUCUCACACACACACACACACACCAACCAGCAUAUCUUUGUACUGAUGUUUGCACAAAGUACCCCCAUGACCACACCCAUUCCCCCUCCGAUUUGUGUUUUUUUUGAUCGUGAGCCAUGAGAACUGGAACUCAAAUCAACCCAGAAUUCACUGUGUGUAGCUGGAAGGAUGGCGUCUGUGUAAAACAAACAGAAUUUGCCAUUUAUCAAAUUUAAGAAAAUAUGAACUUAUUGAUGUGUGUGUAUUCUUCUUAUUUUUCACACUGUAUCAUAUGUAUAAUAUCACGGUAUAAUUUGUCAAUACAAAUGUGAUAAUUAUUUAACUUGAAAAUCAAAUCAUUUACCCAUGCCCACACAUAAGUCAUAAAACUUUAAAAAUCUGUUUAAGAAGUGCACUUUAAUAAUUUUAAGGAAUCUCAAGACAUGGCACCAAAACCAGAGGUUAUGAACCUCUUAGUCCGCUGACACAGCAGCAGCACGAGUUCCUAGAGAAGCCUUAUGGAACCUGAGCCUGUCCUGGUCUGCUGUGCAUCCUCCUGUCUGUCAUUCUGCUGUGCAAAGAAUGGAUCAGUUGUGUAGACAAUCACCACUGCUCUUUUAGAGGAAUUCAUGGAAAAUUUACUCAAUACAAAGUUUUGCAUAAAUGCAGAUAUAGCUCAAGAGCUUCAAUUAAAUGUUCAAAUAUCAGAAAAGGGGACAUUUGGAUUCAGUGACAUUCAACAUGGGAUGGUUGUUGGGGCCAGACAGGUUGGUUUGAAUAUUUCAGAAGCUGCUAAUUAAUGUUCACAUCAGAUUGUGGGGGAUGUAUGAUCAGAGAUCCUGAUCGUCAAAUUUUCACACACAACAGUUUCGACAGUCUCUAGAUUUGACUGAGAAUGGUGCAAAAAAAAAAAAAGAAAAGCGGCGGGUCUGCGGAUGGAAAUGCCUUGCUGAUGAGAGAAGUUAGAGGAGAAUGGACAAGACUGGUUUGAGCUGAUAGGACAGCUACAGUAACUGAAAUAACCUCUCUUUACAACUGCGUUGAGCAGAAAAGCAUUUCAGAACACACCAGAUAUCAAACCUUGAACUGAACAGCUAAUUAUAGUGCCUUGCAAAAGUAUUCAUCCCCCUUGCUGUUUGUCCUGUUUUGUUGCAUUACAAGCUGGAAUUAAAAUGGAUUUUGGGGGGGAUUAGCACCAUUUGAUUUACACAGCAUGCCUACCACUUUAAAGGUGCAAUUUUUUAUUUAUUUAUUUUUAUUGUGACAAACAAUAAGAUGAAAAAAACCCCAGAAAUCUGGAGUUGCCCAUUCCUCAAGGCAAAACUGCUCCAACUCCUUCAAGUUAGAUGGGUUGCGUUGGUGUACAGCAAUCUUCAAGUUAUGCCACAG